GUAAUUCAGGUUUCUAAGGUACGCCCAUCUAAUACAAUGCGUGUCAAUCAGUGGUCACGAUUGACAGAAGAAAUUGAUGAUUAUGAAAGAGAAGCUUUGGAAAAGGAAGAGAAGGAAAAUAAAGAAGAGACUGAACCUUCUAAACUUGAGCAAAUAAUCAACAAUCCCAUUGUUUCUAAAAUUCUCUUCUUUAUAGCAACAGGUUAUAUGGUUUUUUCAUUAGUAACGGAUUGGCUUUUAGUGAGAGAUGUACUAAGAGCUCGACAGGGUCUUGUUUUUGGUCCCCCGUCACAAGCCUUACGAAUAGCAUUUGUAGGUAUUAUAUCAGUUGGAACCCUCCUAUCAAUUUUGGAUUUUAUUAAUCUCGUUCGUCUCGUUUUCUUUUACAAUGGAGAAGAAGAAACCAAAAAAGGAGUUAUAAGUGAGGACUUAGCUCAGGGUAUUACGUCCCUCAUCUAUGAAGUCCCUGCAAUAACACUGGCUCUUAUACUGUCCAUGUGCCGAGAUGAGCCCUUCAGCAUUUUUCAAACAAUAAAAGCUGUAAUAGCAUUAUUGGGGUCCUUCCUUCAUGCUGUUUCCGUUGCUAUUCACUAUCUCCAGAAGCAUGAUAAAGGCUUUCGCGCUUAUGUGGAGAGGGUUAUUCUUUCUUUAUCUUCUCUAUAUAUAUUUGCUGCUUCCUUAACUCUCUUUAUAUUCACGUAUACACCAAAGAAUCCUACAAUACUGACUUCAACAAUAUCUAGAUCGAAUACUAUUGAUUCCGGAAGAUAUCUAUAUAAAGCUGGUAUAUUUUUCUCACAUCCAUCAUUUACUUUAUGCUCAAUAACAUCGGAGCUGAAUUGGCUACAAGCGGCAUAUAUUUACAAUCUUACAGACAAGAACAAUAAUAAUAAUCCUUCUCACUUUACUUAUUCGUUUAAUUUGUCAGAAGAAGCUUAUGCGUUUUCGGAAGGAUCAGCAAAUAAGAAGCCUCAAUGCUACAAUGUAAAGUUUAUGUCCACUUGUUCCAUUAACGAAGUUCAAGUAACGAAUUGUUUCAACGCUCAAAGAACUAUGAAUACUAUUUCUUUUACUUUUUUUCAUGAAAAAAAAUCAGUUACCUUACCAUAUGGCGACAUUCGUUUCAACGGAUUGAAAUACAAUAUCACCAAUCCUAACUGUGACCCAGUUUCAAAUAUUAAUAAUUCAAGCCUUUUUACUGAAAAUGAUAUUAAUAUCGGAAGUUUGUUGUACUUGAGGACUACUAAUGAAACACAAUCUAUUAAAAUAUUCGAUGAACAAAAUUCAGAGGCUACUUUCUAUAAACUCCAUGAUUCAGUUAGAUCAGUUCAACGGACUUGGAAAACUGGUUAUUUCAAAUGUCCAAUGACUGGCUCAUUAUUGCCGAAUUUGGAUAAGGACUUAGAAGUUAAAUACAAGAAUUGCUUUUGA